AUGGAAUUGCGGAACCGCGCAACGGGCAUUUCAAAGCCAGGUCAGCGCGGUGUUGACGUAGCCCUAGGGCCUACAAUUUACAAUGGCGAGCGCUACUCUAAAAUGAGCGAGCGCCUCAAACGUCAGCAAAAGAAUCCGUCCGAUAUUGCAGACAUCAACUCCCGACGGAUCAUGCGAUUGCAGAUAAUAGCAUUUGUGGUUGCACUGGUGUUUGUCUUUACAUUAGUUUCCACAAUGAUGUAUCAAGCUCAUAUUCGACGUUCUGGUCGCAAGCCUCUCAGCAUAUAA